GAUACUGACCAUGGCAGGCAAUAAUUUCUGAUUUUGCUUCCUCAGCGAGAGAACUCCACCUUGUCUCAAUUCUCUGUGCCAACAUGGGCGCUUUCAAGGACAAGCUUGAGGGCCAGAACAUCGUAGUGGUUGGAGGAAGCACAGGGAUCGGCUUCGGGGCUGCAGCAGCACUUCUUGAUGUCGGUGCCAGAGUAACCAUCAUUUCAUCCUCUUCGGCGAAGUUAGAUGCCGCACUGCAAAGACUUGCGUCUCCAAGUGCCAAGGGAGUUGUCGCCGAUGUCCGUGACGAGACGGCCUUUGCAGAUACUCUGCGAUCACUGGCACCUGUGGACCACAUUGUCUUCUCGGCUGUUGAUAAUAUCAUUCGGGGCAAACUAGAGGACCAGAACCUCGACGAAGCAAAGCACCUCUUUGGGGUCAAGUUUUGGGGAGCAGUCAUCACUGGAAAAGUUCUCCUGAAGUAUGAUAUCGUGCGAAAGGGAGGCUCCCUGACUCUCACAUCGGGGACGGCUGGCAUCAGACCUGGAAAAAAUGCUGCCAUUGGUGGGGCCUUGAACGGAGGGGUGCUCUCUCUCACCAAAGGUCUUGCCGCAGAUCUUGCAGAGAAGAAGAUCCGCGUGAAUACAGUGGUGCCGGGUUUGGUGAAAACGCCACUCUGGGACAAGCAGGGCAAAACACCUGAAGAACAAGAAGAAAUCUUCAGCAAAGCCAGCCAAAAUCUCCCGGUAGGGUUUGUUGCCACUCCUGAACAUAUCGCCGAGGCGUACCUCUACGCCAUUCGAGCAGAUUAUUCCACCGGUAAACUAAUAGAGAUUGACGGGGGUGUUCUGUUAUAGCUGCGUCUCGAGCCACACAUCAAAUGCUGAGCUUGAGCUUGGCUUGGAAAGUACGCGGGUGGUAUAUCAUCAAGCCUUUACAGCCAGGAUCCUGAACGAGAGCGCAUCUUCCCGUUGAUCUGAUCGAAACCGGGAAGAGCUUCUGACGGUAAGCAGGGGAUUCAUUAGCCGCCACUACGAUUUACAUUAGACCAAGGAAGCAGCAAACGCAACGAUGAGCACUAAUAGCUAGGAAGCCGUGUUGGGUUUUAGCUAUGCGAAGUGGUAGAUAGGCCCGAGAAUGAUAAUGGCCUGCCCACGUAUCCCA